GAAAUUGAUGAAAAGUGUAGCCAUCCUGUCAGUCGGUCUCAAGAAGUAGCAAGUCGGUUUUGAAGAUGUCGUUCGGUUUCGAAGUUGUCGCUCGGUCUCGAUCUCUGUUGUAGAAUGUCACAGAAGAUGUUUCGCUCAUCUUCAGAUUCUGAAUCGUGAUGUAGUCGUGUCGGGUGUCCUGCACAUCAACAUAAUACGGGAUGUCGUUGUCAAGGUCAACGGCUCCGUGAAUUCGGUUAACCUGUACCUGGGUCGAGUCAAGAGGAAUCGGGAUUAUUGUCUUAUAACCUUCGUUCAUUCACUAGAAAUCCUAGAUGUGUUUCUUAUUUUUCCAUUCACGACUGCCCCAAAUGACGACCUCUUGUUUGCCUUUUAGUCUACUUCAAGCAAAACUGAGAAUACUAUUCUAAGACUAAAACUCAACAAAAAUUCAUCAUCUGCAUCUCUCACCCAUUAAUCCACUGAUGUUCUCCUCCUCUUCGGGAUUGUUUGUAAGUAACAAAACAAGCCCAACAAGCUACGAAACUAAGUUGCUGCAUCUACUCCAACAUAAGCACAACAAUGGGCACCUCGCCAGGCGGUGACGGCGAGGUCUCUGGGGGAUCGGCAAUGAGCAAAAACGAUACUUCCUCGAUGAUUGAAGCUGUUUUGCAACGAGAGGACGCGAUAAGGCAACUGCUUCUCCAUGAAGCAGGAACAACAACUUUGCGUUUUCUAGAAGGGUCGUUGCUAGGAGAUGAUCGACGUGGAGGUGAUUACGCUGGUUCAUCUAGUGUUGUGAGUGAUACUUCUUUUAAGGCUUCUCCUAAUCCACCUUCGGAAGCAUCCCCAAGUACGAGUGAAUGGCUCUGGUAUUGGUAGCCUGAAUUUGAUCACAAGGGUUCUCUUCUUGUUCUCCCUUACGAUCAAACUCAGGCUACCCAAUACCACAAGCAUACAAAGUGGCUUUUCAAGUAGGGGAAAAGGCACUUCGCUAGGAUGCCUCUCGAGAGGGAUUAGGGUCGUGAGCUUUAAUUCUUCUUCUGCUAAAGCUUUGCCAUGUUGUCAUGAUUGGCGAGAAGCAGGCGGAACAGAAACUACAUCAACAGCUGCUACCACUAGUGCUGUAGCUGUAGACGGCGUAGGAAAAGCUAGUGCUACGACAAGGUCUACCAGUUCUACCUCUAGGAGCUCUACUAGUGCCUCCACUGGCUCUUCUCGCCCGCCGUCUACUAGAUCCUAUUUCUGGAAUCGAAGGACUAACGAAACGAGCUGGUCUGCCAUCAGAGGUGCUCCUCGAGAACUGCCACUUCCAGAUGGAUGGCGACAAGAUUUCGCUGUAGUUAGUCGUGGGCAUGCACUAGAAGACGAGUUGGCUGGUGAUCGCGAUCUAGCUGUAGUUGAUCAGGUUGUACAUGAUGCUGGUAGUCGGGAUGUACUAGCAUCAAGUUCUAUUUCAAGUAGUCGCUUUCUCGCAAAACGACCGCUGUAUGUCCUGCACGACUCAUGCUGGCAAAGAGAGCGGCCCUUUGCUCUAGAACAGGGAUGGCGAUAUCAUUGGGAUGCAGUGCAAAAGGCGGUUUUCUAUGUUAUGAGAAGUACUUAUACUCUGGAAGUGACCGAAUAUUAUUGGACUAGGAAAGAUGCUAGAUCAUGAUCAGCGUUUAUGUGCUGAUUUUCGUGAAGAUGAACUACGGUAAAUACGGAUGAACACGUGAAGAUCAAGAUUGUAGUGAUAUAAUUGCUUCCAAUCCAAAGCGAAUCGCCAGUAUCGAACAUCCGGCACCGCUUGCUGAGAUUCGAAACUCGACUGGCAGCAGCCCAGCUUGGAACUCGACAACGACCGGCACGACCGGCUUGCCUUCUGAUCACACCACCUCGACUGAUAGCCAACAUAUAGUACUACCAGCAACUUCUAGAACUUCUAGUAGUUCUAAAUCAUCAUCGACAUCUAAUUCAUCAUCGACAUCAACAACUAUAUCUACUUCGCUGUCAUCUAGCACUAGCACAUCUACUACCUUGUUGUCAUCUAGCACUAGCACCUCAGCAUCCUCCAGCGGUCGUCGUAGGUGUCAUCCAUGGCGAUCGGCUGUAGAUGCCAAGACCGGCAAAAACUACUAUUGGAGGCCAGGUACGAAGGAAACGCAGUGGGAGUCACCAGUUAGGGCUGCGCCAGACAGCACACCUCUACCAGAAGGAUGGACUACACAGAUUCGAACGGCAAAUGGUGUUGUUAGCAGUGCUGGUGGUGAUACUGGUAGUACUAGUAGUAGUGCUACUGGUAGUACUACGAGUCGUGGUGGGACGAGCACGAGCAGUUCAUCUUCGCCGAGCUCGAGUACCAAGCAUACUGGUACAAGUUCUCCUAGUGCCAAUAGCGCAUCGUCAAGUACCAGUUCUUACAAUUUCUACGUGUUGCGAGACCUAUGUUGGCAGAUGGAGAGACCUCUCCCACUACUGGAGUCAUGGACUUAUCAGUUUGAUGCAGCAACGCGGAAGCUAUUCUAUUUAAGGCUUCCCCUGGUCCAUCUUUUGGAAAAACAUCCUGGAGAGUCUCUUUUUCAGCGGGAAAAGGGACCCAGGAUGCAACCCGAGAUGGAUUAGGGCGAGCUCGAAUUUACCAACAGAAAGCUCGGAGGCUGUUUCCAGCUCCCGUAGCGGAUCUUGGGAUCGGAGGAGGUACGAGUAGUGCCACGACGUCAAGUAGCCCAGAACUCCUAGAGGAUGCAGCAGCAAUGACAGCAAUACGAGAAGAAUUAGAAAGGGAAGCGUUUCUACGACACGAGGAACACGAGAAAACGUUGGAGAAGUUCUCUUCUAGUAGUAGGAGUGUUUUCGACGAAGAUACAACUACUGGUGUGAACAACAGUGUUAAAAACAGCACAAUGUUGGCUCCUAUAAUAGAGGAAGGUACUAGCCAGAACAAGCAGAAGUCGGACACGGAGUCGUCUACUAGUUUUGCGGCCAUUGGAGUAGUUGUAGCUUCGCUGUUAGUUCUGUUUUCUUUUCUGUUUUACAAGAACCGCUGGAAGAACUGUGGUAGUGGUACAACUAGUGGUGCAACUCCUCCUUCAUCUAGCAGCAUUGUAAGAACUUGUAAACAGAAAGAAGGAGAAUCUUCUGAAAGUAGCAGUAGUAAUGUCAGUCCCCCAUCAUCAACAAAAAAAACUAGAAAGGAGACAAGCGUAGAUCCCUCCGAAGACACUGAAAAUGAUGGUGAAAUCUAUCGUCCUUCUAGUCGUGCGUCUCCUUCUGCAAAUAACGAUAACAUCAAGGUAUCAUCUCUAUCUAGUACUUCAACCUCGUCUAGUACAACGGGGGAAGAUGCAGUUGAAGCCCUUCCUGCUCUGUUAGAAGCAGUUCCAGCCGCCACGAGUGAGCGCGUCGAUGCACCACUGGCGACGUUUGAAGAUGGACCAGUGGCUUUUUCAGAGAGUUAAGAGUAGUUGCAUAAAUCCAUCUUAGCUCCUUCUAGCAUCCUCUUCUUGGUGCCAUUUCUUAUAAGGAUUAAUUAUAGAUGAAUACAAGUCAUUCAUCUCAAAUCCACCUACAGUAUAGGGACAAACGAGCACCAGAUGAAUGCUUCAUAUUAAUUAUAAGGUGGAUUUCUGCAACCUCUAAGAGAUGCAAACAGUUGAAAUCGCGGAAAAAACCUAUGCGCCGUCUGCGUCGCCCUCUCUUGAAGAGCCUGAAAGGCAAGUUCUACAUCUGCCGCCAACUGAUGAGCACAGGUUGAGUGAUGAUGAAGGAAGUUAUGACAUAUGGUUCGGCUUAGUACUCCUCUUUCUUGAAAUGUACAAUAGCAAUAGCUCUCUCACUUGUUACGGCUUAAUACCUCUCUUGGAAGGGGGUUUACCUUAUACUAGAUACUUUUACUUAAUUCAUCCCUACUUCUCACAUCAUCAUCAAAAACGUGUACUAGUAUUACUCUUCUGAUGUGUGAAAUAAAGACGACUACAAAUAUGAUCCUAUCUUCCUAUCCUAGAGAUGCGCCGUCGGAGAUGAAUUACUUUUUGGGUAGUUGUAAGCUCUAUUAGUAAUCUUAGGCAGAUUGCCGAGUAGAUUCGUAUCAUCAGUUGUAAGCUCUAAGGAAGUUUUGGCAACAGUCGUGGUCGUACGUCGAGCUUUAGUUCUACCAGGGAUCGACGUAAUUCUCGCAGCCCACCACCUCGAAGGCCAACGCGAUCAAGACAAACAGAGGAGGAACGUCAAGCAGAAAGGGAAUGCAUUCAAUUCUACUCGAUGUCUCCGAUAUCGACGUCGGAAGACGAAAAGAUGCGCAAUGAGUACUAGUACAAAUACGUCUCAUGUUCUUAAAAAAGAUGUCAUGAAGAUAAAAAAGUGUAUUUCUGAUGGAUGGACAUGGAUGUUGAUGGAAGCUUCUUCGGGUUGUAGAAGAUAGUACAAUCGAUAGUAGCUUGUCUGCCUCUGCUUGCAGUUAUGUUGAUCACUUGAAUCCCGAGCCCCCAAUCUCAUCAUCUCUCCGUCGUCCAACAUCAGCCCCUCCGAAGAUCCCUACACCGCUUUGGAGCUGGUACGGGAAAAGAUGCUCCGAGACAAACCCGCACCACGGAUACUUUCGGUUUUGCAUGAAAGUUAUGCAGCUUUGAUGAGGUUCUGUCACUGUGGUCUGUUUGUUUUUUAGUGCGGAUCGAUCUUAUAUUAAUAAAUUGUUGAAGACGCAGUGUCGUAGUAUUAUGAUUGGUCAGGAGAAUCGUUCUCUCCUCAUCUUGAAACUUCUCUUACUUCUCAAGCACAAGAAGUCGUACUAGUCCUCCUCUAAAAAACCGAGGAAGAGCACGCUGCAGAGGAAGCGCAUUUUCCAACAUCAGGCACAGUGGCAGAGCCAAACCGCGUCGCUCCGAAGCCCAGGAAUAAACGAAGGAUCACGAUGGCCUAG